CGGCUCAGUUGCAUUUUAGCCGCGCCGCCGACUGUUGCGUGUUGCGGAUUUCGCGGUGUGACAAGCGAAGUGAACUUCAAAGAUCUGCGAUUUUACGGCCGGCAUUCAACAUGCGAGUUAAUCCGCUGCUGAUCGCUGCCCUUGGCCUCCUCAUGGCCAUGGGUCCGCGUCCGUCGACGGCGGCGGUCGUCGGACGGGUGGAGGGCAACCAGACGGCGUGGGAACUAACGGAAGCUCUGUAUGGCACCUCGGGGCUUCGGAGCUUCAAUGGCACCUGGAUAACAGAUGAGGAGUUCUAUUACACUGCCACCGACCGAUCCAUCCACAAAUUCAAUGCGGCCACCAAGACAGAUGUGAUCUUCCAAAACUCCUCAUUCCUGAACAACUAUGUGGGUGCCACCUUCUCGCUCUCGCCCGACAACACGAAGAUCCUCAUCCGGCACAACCUCACGGAGAAGUUCCGGCACUCGUACAUAGCGCAGUACGACGUGUUCGACAUCGAGACCAACACGUCCGUCCAAAUCCACAAGGGCGAGAAGCUGCAGUACUGCGGAUGGUCGCCACUGCGGGAUCGCCUGGCCUACGUCUACCUGAACAACGUGUUCAUCCACUUCAACGAGAGCUCGGAGGUCAGCAUCACGGACGACGGCGUGGACGGAGUGGUCUACAACGGAGUGCCCGACUGGGUGUACGAGGAGGAGGUCCUGAGCAGCGGCAGCGCGAUCUGGUGGUCAUCCGACGGCAGCAGGCUGGCCGUGGGCUUCUUCAACGACACCGAGGUGGAGACUUUCAGCUACUUCCUGUAUGGCGACGGCAGCACCACCUUCUAUCAGUAUCCGCACGAGGAGCAGCUCAAGUAUCCCAAAUCGGGCUCCAAGAACCCGGUGGUCAGUCUACGCGUCUACGACGUGUCCGACGAUGAACCCAUCGUGCACAGCAUCGUGGCGCCCGUGGAGAUUGUCAGCAGCGAUCACAUCCUGCAGAGCGUCGUCUGGUCGAACGCGACGCACCUGCUCAUCACCUGGAUGAAUCGCCGCCAGAAUCUCACCUCCAUUCAGAGCUGCAGCUACCUGGGUGUCUGUGCGGAGGUGAAGCGGCUGGAGGAGCCCCUAGGCUGGGUGGACAUUAGCACGCCCAAGUGCCUCACCGCUGGCAAGAGCUGCAUCUUCGGCUACUUCAUAGACAACUGGCAGCAGGUGUGGAACCUAGACCUGGAGACAGGUCUCAACAGCUGGCAGUCGCGCGGUAACUUCACAGUUCUGAACGUGUAUGGAUACGACGAAGCCAGGGACAAACUUUACUACCAGGCCACUCUGCCCGGAGAUCCCUCGUUGUACCAUGUGUUCAGCAACGAUGACUGCCUCAGCUGCGGCCAAAUUGAUGCGGAUGGAGUGGAGUGUCGCUCCGCUUCGGCCACGUUCAGCAAGUCCUUCUCCUACUACACGCUCUCCUGCACCGGACCCAAUCCGAGCUACACCAGGAUCUUCGAGGCUGCCACCAAGACCCUCCUGGUGGACUGGGAGCCGAACACAGCGUACCGCCAGCAAAUAGAGAACAAACUGCGUCCCAGCUAUCGUUUCAUGAACGUCACCCUGGCCGAUGGCAGUGUUGGCUACGCCAAGCUCGCCCUGCCGCCCAACUUCGUGGAGACGAAGAAGUACCCACUGAUCGUGGUUGUCUACCAGGGACCCAACUCGGUGCGCGUGACCAACGGGUUCACCCUGGGCUACGAGGCGUUUGUCACGACCUCGCGGGAGACGAUUUAUGCGUAUAUUGAUGGCCGUGGUACGGGUAACAAGGGCAAGGACCUGCUCUUCUCGGUUAACAACGAUCUGGGUGAUCACGAGGUCGAGGAUCAACUGUUUGUCACUCGCUGGAUGCAACAGAAUCUGGCCUUCGUGGAUGCCGAGCGUUGCGGCAUUUGGGGCUGGAGUUAUGGUGGCUACAUGACGGCCAAGACCAUUGAGAAGGAUGACGAGCGGGUCUUUCAGUGCGGAGUUUCCGUGGCUCCAGUUACCUCGUGGCUGUACUACGAUACGAUUUAUACCGAGCGCUAUAUGGGACUUCCCACCGAGAAUGACAACUUGGAGAAAUACAUGGAGAGCAGCGUGUUCCGCAACUUGGAGAACUUCAAAAGCCACGACUUCCUGCUGAUUCACGGCUCCGGCGACGACAAUGUCCACUACCAGCACUCCCUGCUGUUGGCCAAGUUGCUACAGCGACACGAUAUUCAGUUCGAGGAACAGACCUACACCGAUGAGAACCAUGGCAUCGGCAAUGCACUGCCCCAUUUGUACCACACUAUUGAUGCCUUUUGGACCAACUGCCUUAGCCUAGAUGUCUACGAAGAAGCUGCAUAGUGGAAGCAGCUGUCGUCAGUCUAGUCAAAUACAAGUAUUUGAAAAUUGUCCUCUUGUACUUUUCAUCUAUGUUUUUACUAUGUUUUUAUGUAAUAUGUAAAUGUUUUUCCCAAACAACAAUUGCGCCAAUAAUAAAAGAAGUUUGUAUAUUGUUAAUGUGUAA